AUGGUACUGCUGAAGGACGCAAAGCCGCAGAUCAUGGACGGCCUGGAGUGGGCCAGCCUGGCGUCGCCGCCGGAGAAGGCCAAGUUCGAGAUCGACAAGCCCAGUAUUGCGCUGAGGCGGCUUGCCGACACCGCUGUGCCAAAGGGUGCUGGCGAGAAGGCGAGGACCAUGCUGCACAAUACUAUCGAGACCAGCCAAGACUCCAGCAUGAAGCCCGCGGACGCGGUCAGGCUGUGUCUAGACAAGCGCCCCGAGGAGGCGCCGUCGGAGUUAGAGCUCAAGCGCCUGCGGAAGGCGCUGAUGGGGACCUUGGAGAGGUCAACUGGCGCCGACGCGCACAAGGUUCAGUAG